ACUUCCGUGUGCCGCGGCGCCGGAGCCCGAGGCGGCUGCAGAUCGGAUCCCCCGAGCGACCCCCGGCGCCCGCCCGCCGCGCAGAGGCCCGGGUCACACCUCGCUGGCCACUGGGCCUGUCGCGGUCAGCCCCGCGCCGACUCCCGUCCGCUCGCGCCGGGGAGCCGCGCCCCCGCCGCCGACCCUUGGCGCCUGCCCCUGCGCCUGGAGGUCUGCAGGGAACUGGCCAGGCAAGGGGGCAGGCCUGUUUCUCCUGGUGGUUGGUGCUUUGCAGCUUCAGCGGGAGCCGAGACUAAGGACAAUUGGGAGCUGGAAUCCCCAGCCCCACUGCAGGCCCCGCCAUGCCACCAUUCUUGCGCAUCUCCUUCAACUCCUACGAGCUGGGCUCCCUGCAGGCUGAGGAUGAGGCGAACCAGCCCUUCUGUGCUGUGAAGAUGAAGGAGGCACUCAGCACAGAGCGUGGGAAAACACUGGUGCAGAAGAAGCCGACCAUGUAUCCCGAGUGGAAGUCAACAUUUGACGCCCACAUCUACGAGGGCCGCGUCAUCCAGAUUGUGCUAAUGCGGGCAGCCGAGGAGCCCGUGUCUGAGGUGACCGUGGGUGUGUCGGUGCUGGCCGAGCGCUGCAAGAAGAACAACGGCAAGGCCGAGUUCUGGCUGGACCUGCAGCCCCAGGCCAAGGUGUUGAUGUCUGUGCAGUAUUUCCUGGAGGACGUGGAUUGCAAACAGUCUAUGCGUAGUGAGGACGAGGCCAAGUUCCCAACGAUGAACCGCCGUGGAGCCAUCAAACAGGCCAAAAUCCACUACAUCAAGAACCAUGAGUUUAUCGCCACCUUCUUUGGGCAACCCACCUUCUGUUCUGUGUGCAAAGACUUUGUCUGGGGCCUCAACAAGCAAGGCUACAAAUGCAGGCAAUGUAACGCUGCCAUCCACAAGAAAUGCAUCGACAAGAUCAUCGGCAGAUGCACUGGCACCGCGGCCAACAGCCGGGACACCAUAUUCCAGAAAGAACGCUUCAACAUCGACAUGCCGCACCGCUUCAAGGUUUACAACUACAUGAGCCCUACCUUCUGCGACCACUGCGGCAGCCUGCUCUGGGGACUGGUGAAGCAGGGAUUAAAGUGUGAAGACUGCGGCAUGAAUGUGCACCAUAAGUGCCGGGAGAAGGUGGCCAACCUCUGCGGCAUCAACCAGAAGCUCUUGGCUGAGGCCUUGAACCAAGUCUCACAGAGAGCCUCCCGGAGAUCAGAAUCAGCCUCCUCAGAGCCUGUUGGGAUAUACCAGGGUUUCGAGAAGAAGACUGGAAUCUCUGGGGAGGACUCACUGGACAACAGUGGCACCUACGGCAAGAUCUGGGAGGGCAGCAGCAAGUGCAACAUCAACAACUUCAUCUUCCACAAGGUCCUGGGCAAAGGCAGCUUUGGGAAGGUGCUGCUUGGAGAGCUGAAGGGCAGGGGAGAGUACUUUGCCGUCAAGGCCCUCAAGAAGGAUGUGGUGCUGAUCGAUGAUGACGUGGAAUGCACCAUGGUGGAGAAGCGGGUGCUGUCGCUCGCCGCGGAGAACCCCUUUCUCACACACCUCAUCUGCACCUUCCAGACCAAGGACCACCUGUUCUUCGUGAUGGAGUUCCUCAAUGGGGGGGACCUGAUGUACCACAUCCAGGACAAAGGCCGCUUUGAACUCUACCGUGCCACGUUUUAUGCAGCCGAGAUCAUCUGUGGACUGCAGUUUCUACACAGCAAGGGCAUCAUUUACAGGGACCUCAAAUUGGACAAUGUGCUGCUGGACCGGGAUGGCCACAUCAAGAUUGCUGACUUUGGGAUGUGCAAAGAGAACAUAUUCGGGGAGAACCGGGCCAGCACCUUCUGUGGCACCCCUGACUACAUUGCCCCUGAGAUUCUACAGGGCCUGAAGUACACAUUCUCUGUGGACUGGUGGUCUUUUGGGGUCCUUCUCUACGAGAUGCUCAUUGGCCAGUCCCCCUUCCAUGGUGACGAUGAGGAUGAAUUGUUCGAGUCCAUCCGUGUGGACACGCCGCAUUAUCCCCGCUGGAUCACCAAGGAGUCCAAGGACAUCCUGGAGAAGCUCUUUGAAAGGGACCCACCCAAGAGACUCGGAGUGACCGGAAAUAUCAAAAUCCAUCCCUUCUUCAAGACAAUAAACUGGACCCUGCUGGAAAAGCGGAGGUUGGAGCCGCCCUUCAGGCCCAAAGUGAAGUCCCCCAGAGACUACAGCAACUUCGACCAGGAGUUCCUGAAUGAGAAGGCGCGCCUCUCCUACAGUGACAAGAACCUCAUCGACUCCAUGGACCAGUCUGCUUUCGCUGGCUUCUCCUUCGUGAACCCCAAAUUCGAGCACCUCCUGGAAGAUUGAGGUUCCUGGUCAGAGCAGGCUAGACCCGCCCUCCACCCACACCUGCCCGCUCUCCACGAUAAGCACCAGUGGGAUUGUGGUGACUUCUGCUGCUGGCCCCCGCCCUGCCCCCGGAGCAGCCUCGGUGCGUCUGGCGAGGCUCUCAUGGUACUUCCUCUGUGAACUGUGUGUGAAUCUGCUUUUCCUCUGCCCUCGGAGGGAAAUUGUAAAUCCUGUGUUUCAUUACUUGAAUGUAGUUAUCUAUUGAAAAUAUAUAUUAUAUAUAUAGACACAUAUAUAUAUAAUAGGCUGUACAUAUUGCUCAGUAGAUAAAAACCGUGGGGGACUGAUGAUAUGUUGAUUUUUUUCAAAAAAAUAUACAUACCAAAAAAAAGGACAAGCUGUUUGAACCACUAGCACCAGGUUCUUUUAUUUGUGUGUCUAAAUAAACACCAAAUGGUACCAA